AUGCAACAACGACAACACGACGAGGAGGAGAAGGCAUUCCGUGCAACGAUGGAGCACAGUGCUUGUCGUGGAAGAGGUAAUUCCGUACUCGAUCAUGAAAAUGGAAGGAUCCAUGAGAUGGGGUCAUUUCAAGGAAAUGGAUUAAGGAGUUCGGGAAUUUCAUAUUUUACUCCUGCUGCUUCAACAUCAAGACCACCUACCAUGACAUCUUCUUACGUUCCUUAUUCGUAUUCGUACGAUCCGGUACGAGGAUUUUCAGCAACCAAUGAAGCACGAGAUGGGUAUGGAUUGGGAAGCGGAGCUUACACUUCUGCAAUGAAUCGAUUUGGAGAUGAAACACAGUGGAAACGUCAAGCAGAAUCUGAAGCGAAUUGCUGUUCAAGAUGCAGUGCAUGCUCUUCAGUCAAGGAGACUCCAAAAUGGCAACUGUCACAAGAUGAAAUUCAACAAAAAAGCAAUCCUUUACAAGGACGAGAUUUGAUGGAAAAAUACAAGAUUGAGGAUGACAAACAAUUUCGGCCGUAUUCUCCUGAUACUAAAUCAGUGCUGACAAGAUUAAUUGGAUACAAAGGAGAAUCUGUGACACCUUAA